GCGCGAUCUCGCGAGCUUUGAGUCUCUCCUGCUCGCUGGUGUAAGAUGGCGGAUGCGAAUUAAACCGCAGCUCCAGGAGCAGAAAGUAGAAAUUAGCGACAAUGAAAGUGGACAGAAGCAAGUUAAAGAAAACCCCCACAGAAGCUCCUGCCGACUGCAGGAUCCUCAUUGACAAGCUGAAGGCAUGUAAUGAUCAACAGCUCCUGCAGCAGCUGCUGCAGAUCAAGACAUGGAACAUUGGAAAGUGCGAGCUGUACCACUGGGUGGACCUGCUGGACCGUUUCGACGGGAUCCUGGCGGACGCUGGCCAGACUGUGGAGACCAUGUCCUGGAUGCUGGUCUGUGACCGACCAGAGAACUGCCAGCUGAAGAGCCUGUUAUUGGCUGUGCUGAACUUCACUGCGCUGCUAAUCGAAUACAGCUUCUCCAGACAUCUCUACAGCUCCAUAGAGCACUUGACGGCGCUGCUGGCCUCCUGUGACAUGCAGGUGGUGCUGGCCGUGCUCAACCUGCUGUACGUGUUCAGCAAGAGAUCCAACUACAUCACCAGGCUCGGCUCGGACAAGAGGGCCCCACUGCUGUCCAGACUGCAGCACCUGGCAGAGAGCUGGGGAGGGAAGGACAAUGGAUUUGGUCUGGCAGAGUGUUGUAGGGAUUUAGCCAUGAUGAAAUACCCCCCCAGUGCGACGACACUACACUUUGAGUUCUACGCAGAGCCGAGUGCCGAGGUCAAAGUUGAAAGAAAGACGACCAGCAAUACACUACAUUACAUCCACAUUGAGCAGCUGGACAAGAUUUCAGAAAGCCCGUCUGAGAUCAUGGAGUCGUUGACUCUCAUGUACAGCAUCCCCAAGGACAAGCAGAUCCUGCUGUUCACACACAUACGAUUGGCUCACGGAUUCUCCAAUCACAAGAAGAGGCUGCAGGCAGUGCAGGCCAGGCUGCACGCCAUCUCCAUUCUAGUGUACUCCAAUGCGCUGCAAGACUCUGCCAACAGCAUCUUGUACAACGGCUUGAUCGAGGAGCUGGUGGAUGUGCUGCAGAUCACAGACAAGCAGCUGAUGGAUAUCAAGGCGGCCUCUCUGCGCACUUUGACCUCCAUCGUUCACUUGGAGAGGACCCCCAAGCUGAGCAGCAUCAUCGAUUGCACUGGCACUGCCUCCUACCAUGGCUUCCUGCCCGCGCUGGUCAGGAGCUGCAUCCAAGCCAUGAUCGACCCCCUGACGGAGCCCUACCCUCACCAGUUUGCUACGGCGCUCUUCUCCUUCCUCUAUCACCUGGCCAGUUACGACGCGGGUGGGGAGGCGCUGGUGUCCUGUGGUAUGAUGGAGGCCCUGCUCAAGGUGAUAAAGUUUCUGGGGGAUGAACAGGAUCAGAUCACCUUCGUGACGCGGGCGGUGAGAGUGGUGGAUCUCAUCACUAACCUCGACAUGGCUGCCUUCCAGUCUCACACCGGCCUGGCCAUCUUCAUCAGCAGACUGGAGCACGAGGUGGAGCUGUGUCGGAAGGAGUGCCCCUUCGUUAUCAAACCAAAGAUCCAUCGGCCCAGCACAGGCCAGGAGGGGGAGGAAAUGGAGACGGACACAGACGUGUCAGAUGUUGCCAUGGAGAGCAGCCCUGGUCCUUCAACCUCCACAGAGCAGAGAGCUGAGGGUGAGAGUCGAGGACAGACCAGCGCCAGCCUCAGCUUCACCCCCAGACCAGGAGUCCAGUGCAUCCCUCAGAGAGCUGCUCUGCUCAAAUCCAUGUUGAAUUUCCUGAAGAAAGCCAUCCCGGACCCGGCCUUCUCGGACGGUAUCCGACAUGUAAUGGACGGGUCUCUACCUGCCUCACUGAAACACAUCAUCAGCAAUGCAGAGUAUUACGGACCCUCUCUCUUUCUGCUAGCGACGGAAGUGGUCACGGUAUUCGUGUUCCAGGAACCCUCUCUCCUGUCCUCCCUGCAGGACAACGGACUCACAGACGUCAUGCUGCACGCACUUCUCAUCAAAGAUGUCCCUGCUACGCGGGAGGUUCUCGGCUCCUUGCCGAACGUGUUCAGUGCCCUGUGCCUCAAUGCUCGUGGGCUGCAGUCCUUCGUGCAGUGCCAGCCCUUCGGGCGGCUCUUCAAGGUGCUCCUCUCUCCAGACUACCUGCCUGCCAUGCGUCGCCGGCGCAGCUCCGACCCGCUUGGAGACACUGCCUCUAAUCUGGGCAGCGCCGUGGACGAGCUAAUGAGACACCAGCCCACCCUGAAGACAGACGCCACCACCGCCAUCAUCAAGUUGCUGGAGGCGAUCUGUAACCUGGGCCGUGCCCCAGAGUACAUCUGCCAGAAACCGUCGAUCCAGAAAGCUGACGGCACGGCCACCGCCCCCCCGCCCCGCUCCAACCACGCAGCAGAGGAGGCGUCGAGCGAGGAUGAGGAGGAGGAGGAGGUGCAGGCCAUGCAGAGCUUCAGCACAGCGCAGCAAGGGGAGCCUGAGCCCAGCCAGCAGGUUGUAGGCACAGAGGAGAGAAUCCCUGUCCCUUUAAUGGAUUACAUCCUGAAUGUGAUGAAGUUUGUGGAGUCGAUUCUCAGUAACAACACCACAGACGAUCACUGCCAGGAGUUUGUCACACAGAAAGGUCUCCUGCCCCUGGUCUCUAUCCUGGGGCUGCCCAAUCUUCCCAUUGACUUCCCCACCUCUGCAGCCUGUCAGGCUGUGGCUGGAGUCUGCAAGUCCAUACUGACUCUCUCUCACGAGCCGAAGGUCCUGCAGGAGAGCUUGCUGCAGCUGGACGGGAUCCUGUCCUCUCUGGAGCUCCUUCACCGGCCCAUCGAUUCCCCGGGGGGGUCGGUGUUGCUGAGAGAGCUGGCGAGCGCGGGCAACGUGACGGAUGCCACUCUGUCAGCCCAGGCCACGCCCCUGCUGCACUCGCUCACUGCCGCCCACGCCUAUAUCAUGAUGUUUGUGCACACCUGCAGAGUAGGACAAAGUGAAAUCAGGGCGAUCUCUGUGAACCAGUGGGGCUCCCAGCUGGGGCUGAAUGUGCUGAACAAGCUGAGCCAGCUGUACUGCUCUCUGGUGUGGGAGAGUACAGUUCUGCUGUCCCUCUGCACACCCAACAGCCUGCCCGCUGGCUGUGAGUUCGGUCAAGCUGACAUGCAGAAGCUGGUCCCUAAAGAGGAGAAGGGAGCAGGGGCCAGCAGCAGCAGCAGCGCUGCCCCUGGAGCCAAGAAACCUGAGGGCGAGUCCGAGACAGCUGUCCCAGGCACCUCCAGCGCUGUGGACCCCCCUGCCCAGGGUCUGCUGGAGGGGAUCGGGCUGGAUGGGGACUCGCUGGUCCCCAUGGAGACGGACGAGCCCAGCGCCGCCGACCCCAAGAGCAAAUCCAAACUCACCCCGGCCAUGGCUGCCAGAAUCAAGCAGAUCAAACCCCUGCUCUCCGCCUCGUCUCGUCUGGGCCGCGCCCUGGCUGAGCUCUUCGGCCUCUUGGUGAAGCUGUGUGUGGGCUCCCCCGUGAGGCAGCGGCGCAGCCACCAUGCAGCCAGCACCACGACCGCGCCCACCCCGGCAGCCAGGUCCACUGCCUCCUCCCUCACCAAGCUGCUGACCAAGGGGCUGUCCUGGCAGCCUCCCUCCUACACGCCCACGCCGAGAUUCAGGCUGACCUUCUUCAUCUGCUCGGUGGGGUUCACGUCCCCCAUGCUGUUUGACGAGCGGAAGUACCCCUAUCACCUCAUGCUGCAGAAGUUCUUCUGUUCUGGGGGUCACGACGCCUUGUUUGAGACCUUUAACUGGGCUCUGUCAAUGGCUGGGAAGGUGCCAGUCUCCGAGGGGCUGGAGCACUCUGAUCUCCCCGACGGUACAGGAGAGUUCCUGGACGCCUGGCUCAUGCUGGUUGAGAAGAUGGUGAACCCCACGACUGUGCUGGAGUCUCCCCACUCUCUCCCCGCCAAGCUCCCCGGAGGGGGCCCCAUCCAGCCCCAAUUCAGCGCCCUGCGUUUCCUCGUCGUCACGCAGAAGGCUUCGUUCAACUGCAUCCGAAAUCUGUGGAACCGCAAGCCUCUCAAGGUGUACGGGGGACGCAUGGCCGAGUCCAUGCUGGCCAUCCUGUGCCACAUUCUGAGAGGAGAACCAGUGAUCCGGGAACGCCUCGCCAAAGAGAAGGAGGGGACCCGGGGCCCCGGCGACGAGGAGGGGGGGCCGGCACCGGAGGAGGGGACCGCACCGAGGAGGGAGCCCCUGGUCAACCAGCCCCAGCUCCAGCAGCUCAUGGAUAUGGGAUUCUCUCGGGAACACGCCAUGGAAUCUCUCCUGAACACCAGCACCAUGGAGCAAGCGACCGAGUACCUGCUGACCCACCCACCGCCUUUACUGGGAGGAGUGGUGAGGGACCUGAGUUUGUCCGAAGAGGACCAGAUGAUGAGAGCUAUAGCCAUGUCUCUGGGUGAGGACAUCUCCAUGGAGCAGCAGUCUGACUCUCCCGAGGAGACCUCCCGUCGUCAGGAGGAGGAGGAGCGGAGAGCCCGUGAGAAGCAGGAGGAGGAUGAGGCGCGCUGCCUGGAGAAGUUCCAGUGCGUGGAGCCCCUGGGGGCGGAAGAGCUGCACUCCUUCACCGACACCAUGCUGCCCGGCUGCUUCACCCUGCUGGACGAGCUGCCAGACACCGUGUACCGCGUGUGUGACCUCAUCAUGACUGCGGUCAAGAGGAACGGGGCAGAGUACCGGGAGAUGAUCCUGAGACAGGUGGUCAUCCAGGUUUGGGAGGCGGCGGACGUGCUGAUCAAAGCCGCCCUGCCCCUGACCACCAGCGACACCAAGACCGUGUUGGAGUGGACCAGCCAGCUGGCUACGCUGCCCCAGGCAUCCAACCUGGCCACGAGAAUCCUGCUGCUGACCUUGCUGUUCGAGGAGCUGCGUCUGUCAUGUGCCCGCGUCGUAGAGAGCAGCGGGGUCCUUGAUGUUCUGAUCAAGCUUCUGGAAGUGGUGCAGCCCUGCCUGCAGGCUGCCAAAGAGCAGAAGGAGGUGCAGACUCCCAAAUGGAUCACCCCAGUUCUGCUUCUCAUCGAUUUCUAUGAGAAAACGGCCGUGUCUUCAAAGAGGAGGGCGCAGAUGAACAAGUACCUCCAGCCCAACGGUAAUAACUGGCGCUGGUUUGACGACCGCUCGGGCCGCUGGUGCAGCUACAGCGCUGGCAACAACGGAACCAUCGACGCGGCCUGGCGCUCCGGGGAGAGCAGCGUGAGGUUCACCGCUGGCCGGCGCCGCUACACCGUGCAGUUCAACACCAUGGUGCAGGUGAACGAGGAGACGGGGAAUCGGCGCCCGGUAAUGCUGACUGUGCAGCGCCUUCCCCGGCUCGGAAAGAACUCAAAGAAUGGGAGUGGCCAGGAGCUAGAGAAACCGCUGGAGGAGAGCAAGGAGAACGAGCAAGAGAAGAGCGAAGAGAAAGCAGGGCCAGACGUGGCCGCUCUCACAGAGACGAGAGUCUCCAGCGGUUCUGUAACAAAGGAGAGUGACCAGAACAAAGAGCCAGCCUCUUCCGCAGCUCCAGCAGCCACGACGACGACCGCAACUCCUGCGGCCGGCCUGGACGAGGCACCCCCCGCAGCGCCGGCGCCCCCCGUGGUGAUCAAGGGGCUGUCGGAGGACAUGACCACGCUACUGAUCCGCGCCUGCGUCAGCAUGAUCAGCGUGCCUGUGGACCCCGACACGCUGCAUGCCACGCUGCGGCUCUGCCUGCGGCUCACGCGCACGCACCAGUACGCCAUGAUGUUCGCCGAGCUGCGCACCCCCCGCAUGAUCCUAGGGCUGGCGCAGAGCUCCGGGUUCAACGGCUUCACUCCCCUAGUCACCCUGCUGUUCAGACACAUCAUCGAGGAUCCGGCCACACUGAGGCACACUAUGGAGAAGGUGGUUCGCUCCGCAGUGACGAGCGGGGCGGGCAGCACCACUUCAGGGGUGGUUUCGGGGAGCCUGGGCUCCAGAGAGAUCAACUACAUCCUGAGAGUGCUGGGGCCCGCGGCCUGCAGGGACCCUGACUGCUUCACUGAGGCAGCGACAAACUGCAUCCGCAUUGCACUGCCUGCACCCAGGGGCACCGGCACCGCCUCGGACGACGAGUUUGAGAAUCUGCGCAUCAAGGGUCCGAACGCAGUGCAGCUGGUGAAGACCACCCCCCUGAAACUGUCCCCUCUGCCCAGCAUCCCCGAGCCCAUCAAAGAGGUCAUUUACGACAUGCUGAACGCGCUGGCAGCAUACCACGCUCCAGAGGAGGCUGAGCGCUCCGAGGCCCGCUUGGUGACGGUGGCUGGCAGUCAGGAGCUGUGUCAGAUCCUGCAGGACGUGGGAGACGACGUGUAUCAGCAGUACAGGUUGACCAGGCAGGGCAGCGACUUCGACUCGCAGUCUGGAUUCACCCUCAAUACUCAGGUAUUUGCAGCAGACGGCAGUGCAGCUGAGUCAUCGCAGUCAGGAACGCCACAGGGAGAAGCCUCCACCCCCGAGGAGCCCCGUGAUGGGAAGAAGGAGAAGGAGAAGGAAGACCCCAAACUCAAAUCCAAGGGCAGCAAGCCCCUGAUGCCCACCUCCACCAUCCUGAGGCUGCUGGCAGAGCUGGUGAGGUCCUACAUGGGCAUCGCCUCUCUCAUCACUGGCUACUCCUACACUGCGGGCCAGUCUGAACUCAUCAAGGAGGACUGCAGUGUGCUAGCGUUCGUGUUGGAUCACCUCCUGCCCCACACUCAGAGUGCGGAGGAUAAGGACACCCCGGCCCUGGCGCGGCUCUUCCUGGCCAGCCUGGCGGCUGCCGGGACAGGCACCGAUGCCCAGGUGGCCCUGGUGAGCGAGGUGAAGGCAGCGCUGAGCCGGGCGCUGGCCAUGUCAGAGAGCACGGAGAAGCACGCCAGGUUGCAGGCAGUGAUGUGCAUCAUAAGCACCAUCAUGGAGUCCUGCCCCUCCACCUCCAGCUUCUACAGCACCGCGGCCACCAAGACCCAACACAACGGCAUGAACAACAUCAUCCGACUGUUUCUCAAGAAGGGGCUGGUCAACGACCUGGCCAGAGUGCCACACAGCCUGGAUCUGUCCAGUCCCAACAUGGCUAACACAGUGAACGCUGCCCUGAAGCCUCUGGAGACUCUAUCCCGCAUCGUGAACCAGCCCAGCAGUCUGUUCAGCAGCAAGAGCACAUCGAGCAAGAGCAAGACUGAGCAGGACCAGCCCGGGACAGCCCGGGACCAGAACAGCACCGCACAGGACCAGGGAGACCCCAGAGAGACAGGGGUCCACGGGGAGCGCUCUGCCCCGCCCCCCGGCACCGACGGUGACCUCAUGGAUGGAGAGACGGAGGGGGACAGCGUGGUGAUCGCGGGACAGCCCGAGGUGCUGAACGCACAGGAGAUGCAGGUAGAGAAUGAACUGGUGGAUCUAAUCGAUGAACUACUGGAGAGAGACGGAGGAACAGUUAACAGCACCAUCAUAGUUGGACGCAGUGGUGAAGACGAGUCUCAGGAAGACGUGUUGAUGGAUGAGACGCCCUCGAGCCUGUGCCAGACCUCCACCCUGCAGGCUAACCGGGAAGACUCUAUGAAUAUCCUGGACCCCGAGGACGAGGAGCACACCCAGGAGGAAGACAGCAGCGGCAGCAACGAGGACGAAGACAGCCAGGAUGAGGAGGAGGAGGAGGACGAAGAGGAAGAGGAGGAUGACCAGGAUGACGAGGAGGGAGAGGAAGGAGAUGAGGAGGAGGAUGAUGAUGAUGGCUCUGAGAUGGAGCUGGAUGAAGAUUACCCUGACAUCAACGCCGCUCCGCACAUCCGCUUUGAGAGAUUCGACAGGGAGGAUGAUCUCAUCAUAGAGUUCGACAACAUGUUCUCUACAGCCACAGAUAUCCCCCCCUCCCCUGGUAACAUCCCUAGCACUCACCCCCUGAUGGUGCGCCACGCUGACCACGGUGCCCUGACGCUGGGGGCGGGCAGUUCCACCACACGGCUGGCCCAGGGCAUCGGCCGGAGCCAGAGGACCCUCCGGCAGCUCACCGCCAACACGGGCCACACCAUCCACGUGCACUACCCGGGGAACAGACAGCCCAACCCUCCGCUCAUACUGCAGAGGUUGCUGGGCCCCUCUGCUGCUGCCGAUAUCUUGCAGCUCUCCAGCUCUCUUCCCCUGCAGUCCCGCGGUCGCGCUCGCCUGCUGGUCGGGAACGACGAUGUUCACAUCAUCGCCCGAUCGGACGACGAGCUGCUGGACGACUUCUUCCACGAGCAGAGCGCCCCGGGGGCGCAGGCCGGCACCCUGUCCAGUAUCCCCACGGCUCUGACCCGCUGGACUGACGAGUGUAAGGUUCUGGAUGCAGAGAGUAUGCACGACUGUGUAGCAGUGGUGAAGGUCCCGGUCGUGCAGUAUCUGGAGAGACUGAGAGACGAAGAGCUGGAGGAGCGCAGGGAGAAGAGGAGGAAGCAGUUGGCUGAGGAGGAGGAGGCGAAGCAGAAUGAGAAGAGCGGAGUGGAGGAGAAGGUGGAGAGCAUGCAGGCUCCUGGGAAUAGGGCUGUGGGCUCUACUGGUCAGAGUCAAGCAGAGGGCGAUCAACCCCAGCUGGUCUCCUCCUCCCUGGACACCUCCCGAGGCUCAGAGGGCUACCUCACAGCCCCCCCCUCGGGAGAGGGGACCCCCACAGGGCCGGAGGCCUUGGUCACCCUGGAAACGGCGGUGGGGCAGCGACAGCCAAUGGCGGGCCGGUUCUCGGAGCUGCACUGCGAUCUCGCGGCUGCGAUGACGUCGGAGCUGGCAGACAGACCCAGCGCAGAGGCAGAGGGCUCUCAAAUGGAGACAUCUCCUGCCCCGACGAUCGCCUCUCUCUCUCCAGAGCGUGCUGAAGUCCUGGACGCCCUCGCGGCCGUCAGCUCCCAGCUCGAAGGGUCUCCCAUGGAUACUAGCAGCCCCGCCUCUGCCGGAACUGUGGAGGAGCCCGCUUCAGAGACCGUCGCCACGGCAGCCCAACCGCAGGCAGCGCUGAGCUCCAAGGGGGAGGAGCCGGGCAUGAGAGCGAGGCUCACAGGGAGGGAGAGAGCAGGUGAGUCCUCCCCUCCUCCCCUCCCAAGCUCGGCUCCUGCUGCCUCCUCAGGGGAGGUUCUUCCGGUGAGUGACGUGGCUGGCGGCCAAUCCCAGACCAUCCAGGAGGAGCCCCUCCCCUCCACCAGCAGUGAAGAGGAGGACCCGCUGGCAGGAAUCAACCUCCCUGAGGGAGUGGAUCCCUCCUUCCUGGCUGCUCUCCCGGAGGAUAUCCGCAGAGAGGUGCUGCAGAACCAGCUGGGCAUUCGGCCCCCCCAGCGCGCCCGCGCCCGCGCCAGCGCGCCCGCGCCCCUCCCCGCCCUCGUGGGCAACGCCGGGGUCACAGAGGUCAGCCCCGAGUUCCUGGCCGCGCUGCCUCCAGCCAUUCAAGAGGAGGUCCUGGCCCAGCAGAGGGCGGAGCAGCAGCGCCGGGAGCUGUCCCAGACCCCCACGGGGGACUCUCCUCUAGACCCGGUCACCUUCAUCCAGACCCUGCCCUCGGAGCUGCGUCGCAGUGUGCUGGAGGAUAUGGAGGACAGCGUGCUGGCUGUGAUGCCCCCGGACAUUGCGGCCGAGGCCCAGGCUCUGCGGCGGGAGCAGGAGGUCAGGCAGCGACAGCUCAUGCACGACCGGUUGUUCGGACACAGCAGCUCCUCUGCGCUGUCCGCCAUCCUGCGCAGCCCCGCCUUCACCAGCCGACUCGGAGGGAACAGGGGGGUGCAGUACACCCGCCUCGCCGUGCAGAGGGGGGGAGCUUUCCAGAUGGGGGGCAGCAGCAGCCACACCCGACCCACCAGCUCCAACGUGGACUCCCUCCUGCGUCUCCGUGGCCGUCUCCUGCUGGACCACGAGGCCCUGUCCUGCCUGCUGGUGCUGCUCUUCGUGGACGAGCCCAAGCUGAACACCAGCCGCCUGCACCGGGUCCUCCGAAACCUGUGCUACCACAGCCAGACCCGGGGCUGGGUGAUCAGGAGCCUCCUGUCCAUCCUGCAGCGCAGCAGCGAGAGCGAGCUGUGCAUCGAGAGCCCCCGGACCCUCGGAGGAGCAGCCCAGGAGGAGAGGGGCAGCAAGCGCCCGGUCUCUGCAUCCCUGGCUGGCGGCGGAGUCUCCAGCAAAGGGGCUCCCUGUGGAGCCGCCGCUUCGUCGUCUUCAUCCACCACUCCGGCUCCAUCGUCCUCCACCUCUCCCUCUCCGCUCGAGCUGCUCCACAAGGUGGAAUCUAAGAGCUCCAGCCAGCUGUCCUGGCUGUCUGUCUCCAUGGACGCGGCACUCGGCUGCAGGACCAGCAUCUUUCAGAUCCAGAAGUCCGCCGGGCGCAAGCACACGGAGAGGCACGGCGGGGGGAGUGCUGGAGGGGGAGGAGGAGGAGGGGGCUCCACGGUUCAUAUACACCCCCAAGCUGCUCCAGUGGUGUGCAGACAUGUGCUCGACACGCUGAUACAGCUAGCCAAGGUAUUCCCCAGCCACUUCACCCAGCAGAGACCCAAAGACCCCCUCUCCUCAUCCUCGGACGGUGACAACAGGGACAGGCUGGGUGGAGGAGUGGGAAUCGGAGUAGGAGGCGGAGUUAAGCCCCUGUCUUCUGGGGGUCUCACCCCUUCCUGCCCUCCGAGCCAGCCCGCUCCCUCCCUCGGCAUGCCCCAGAUCCUGGGCCUCUCCACGGACUUCUGGGACCUGCUUGUGAAACUGGACAACAUGAACGUGAGCCGCAAGGGCAAGGCGUCUGUGAAGUCUCUGCCCAUAGGGGGCGCUGGGGAGUCAGAGGGCCCCCAGUGCAGCCUGGAGGCCUCCCCGCUGGGGCAGCUCAUGAACAUGAUCUCGCACCCGGUCAUCCGCCGCAGCUCCCUGCUGACCGAGAGGCUGCUGAGGCUGCUGUCCCUCAUCUCCAUCGCCCUGCCAGACAACAAGGCCAGUGAGGGCCCCGCCCCUCACCUCCAGGCCCCGCCUGUCGGAGUGGUGGGCGCCAUGGCGACGGCGGCCGCAGCAGCCAUCGGUACCACGCUGCCAGCCAGCGUCAGCCAUGCCGCCACGCCCACUGCCACCAGCAGCACAGCCGCGGCCUCCAAGCCCUCCCGCUCCCCAGCGAAGGCCUGCCUGGACUCGGCCAGCCUCUCCGAUAGCAAGCUGGCGUUGAGCGGCCUCACUGAGAAGCAGCUGCAGCUGUCUGUGGAGGUGUUGACGUCUCACUCGUGUUCAGAGGAAGGACUGGAAGACGCGGCCAACAUCCUGCUGCAGCUGUCCCGGGGGGACGCAGGGACGAGGGACACCGUCCUCAAGCUGCUGCUGAGCGGAGCCAGACACCUGGGCUGCACGCUGUGCAAGCAGAUCGGCACGCUGCUGGCUGAGCUCCGGGAGUAUAAUCUGGAGCAGCAGAGGAGGCUGCAGGCAGACUCCACCUCCCCAGACACGCUGAGUGAGGAGCAGACCCUGAGCACCAAACUGAAGGGCAAGGUCUCCAGCAGGUUCGACGUGGCGGAGAGCGUGGUCAUCGUGGCCUCUCAGAAGCGCUCUCUGGGUGGCCGUGAGCUGCAGCUGCCCUCCAUGAGCUCCCUGACCUCCAAGACCUCCACGCAGAAGUUCUUCCUGAGAGUGCUGCAGGUCAUCAUCCAGCUGAGAGAGGACACGCGGCGCGCCAACAAGAAGGCAAAGCAGAGCGGGAGACUGGGCACCUCCAGUCUGGGCUCUGCCAGCAGUAUCCAGGCUGCGGUCCGACAGUUGGAAGCCGAGGCCGACGCGAUCAUCCAAAUGGUACGUGAGGGUCAGAGAGCCAGGAGGCUGCAGCACACUGCCGGCCCCACUGGCACCACCCCCACCCUCACCACCUCCAGCGUGCCUGCUGCUGCUGCUGCUGCUGCCAGCUCCACAGUCACUGCCUCCUCCGCUACGUCUGAAGCCCCCCCAGGUCGGAGGGACGAGUCCCCGAUGGACGUUGAUCAGCUGUCACCGGCUGGACAAGAGACCUCAGCUGUGGGUGCAGAGUCCAGCAGCUCCCUGGCGGUGGAGCAGGAGGAGGAGAAGCUACCUGAGCUGCCCCUGCUGAGCGAACAGCUGCUCCUGGACGAGCUGUGGAGCAUGCUGGGAGAGUGCCUGAAAGAGCUGGAGGAGUCCCACGACCAGCACGCUGUACUGGUUCUACAGCCAGCAGUGGAAGCGUUCUUCCUCGUGCACGCCACGGAGCGAGAGAGCAAGCCGCCCGUUCGAGACACCAGGGAAAGCCAGCUGUCGCACAUCAAGGACGAGCCCCCUCCCCUGUCCCCUGACCCCCUCCACCCUCGGUGGGGAAGGAGCGACCGGGAGGGAAAAGAGGGGCCCUCUCCUCCAGCCUGGUACGUAAAUGCCUGAAGACCCCCCGAAACUCUGGUUUUACAAAAGUUUCUCCCGCGGGCAGAGACUCACCGCACUGUCCUCAACCAGAUCCUUCGUCAGUCCACCACUCACCUGGCGGACGGGCCCUUCGCUGUGCUGGUGGAUUACAUCAGGAUACUGGACUUCGAUGUCAAGCGCAAGUAUUUCCGUCAGGAGCUGGAGCGCCUGGACGAGGGGCUGCGGAAGGAGGACAUGGCCGUCCACGUGAGGAGAGACCACGUGUUCGAGGACUCGUACCGGGAGCUGCAUCGCAAGAGCCCUGAGGAGAUGAAGAACAGACUGUACAUCGUGUUUGAAGGGGAGGAGGGUCAGGACGCGGGGGGCUUGCUGAGAGAGUGGUACAUGAUCAUUUCCCGGGAGAUGUUCAACGCCAUGUACGCCCUGUUCCGCACCUCCCCUGGGGACCGGGUCACCUACACCAUCAACCCCUCCUCUCACUGCAACCCCAACCACCUCAGCUACUUCAAAUUUGUGGGCCGUGUCGUGGCCAAGGCCGUGUACGACAACCGCCUGCUGGAGUGCUACUUCACACGCAGCUUCUACAAGCACAUCCUGGGCAAGAGCGUCAGGUACACUGACAUGGAGAGUGAGGAUUAUCAUUUCUAUCAGGGGCUUGUCUACCUGCUGGAGAACGAUGUGUCCACUCUGGGAUACGAGCUGACCUUCAGCACUGAGGUCCAGGAGUUUGGGGUGUGUGAGGUGAGAGACCUCAAGCCCAACGGAGGUAAUAUCCUCGUCACAGAGGAAAACAAGAAGGAAUACGUGCACCUAGUCUGCCAGAUGAAGAUGACGGGUGCAAUCCGUAAACAGCUGGCAGCGUUUCUGGAAGGGUUUUACGAGAUCAUUCCGAAGAGACUGAUCUCCAUCUUCACAGAGCAGGAGCUGGAGCUGCUCAUCUCAGGACUGCCGACCAUCGACAUCGAUGACCUCAAAGCAAACACAGAGUACCACAAGUACCAGUGCAGCUCUAUACAGAUUCAGUGGUUCUGGCGGGCCCUGCGCUCCUUCGACCAGGCGGACCGAGCCAAGUUCCUGCAGUUUGUGACGGGCACCUCCAAGGUGCCUCUGCAGGGCUUCACGGCGCUGGAGGGCAUGAACGGCAGCCAGAAAUUCCAGAUUCACAGAGACGACCGAUCCACAGACCGGCUGCCCUCUGCGCACACAUGUUUUAACCAGCUGGACCUGCCUGCUUAUGAGAGCUACGAGAAGCUGAGUCACAUGCUGCUGCUUGCCAUCCAGGAGUGCUCUGAAGGAUUCGGGCUGGCGUAACCACAGAGAGAGCGAGAGAAAACGAGAGCAAGAGAACACGAGAGCGCCAUCACCCUCCACCGAGCCUUCUGACUGGACUUGAACCCGGAGCCGGAGCAAGAUAGCGCGGCCGCUAGAGAGAGAGAUCACGCAACCAGACUGUAACACCACAGAGAGACGUGAUCAUGCUUGAACGAAAGCAGCCGAGAGAAAUAAAGAUUAUUCUAUUAAUGACGAGGGGUUUUCUAAUGAGAUUGACAAAACGAGAAAGGCAAUGCGUUUUAGAAAUAAUUAAAAAUAAAUUAAAUAAAAUGAUAGAUGACAA